AUGGAUGUCGAAGCACAGAACGUCGCCAUCUCGUCAGCCUUUCACCUCAUGAGUAUUGGCGGUGAGAUUGAGUCGGCUUCUGAGGUAAAUAUCGUUGAAGCACACCAGCAGGCAACACCUCUCGUCAGCCACUCCCCGACGUCCCAGACCUCCACUUCGCCACUCUCCACACUCAGCGGGUCCGUGUCAUCCGCGUCCUCGGAGACCUCCACUCGGAUCGCUACAGACACUAUUGUCCUGGUCACCUCCGAUGGCGUCAGACACACUACCUCUCGCGCCCUCCUUGCUGCCCACUCUCCCUUUUUCGCGGACCUCUUCCUACUCCCAUCCGGCGAGACCUCAAGCCACAUGUCCGACGAGAUACCCAUCCCAAACGUCACCUCAGCCGGUCUCGCCCUCAUCCUCUCCGUCCUGGACUUCGUCGGCCUCACUCCCGUUGCAAAGCCUGUUCCGCUCCAUCCCGCUGCCUACCGAUACUGGCUGUCCCUCACCGUCCAAGACCUCAUCCCUAUCGCCGAAGCCGCCUUUUGCGCGCACCUCUAUGACAUCCCCACAUUCAGUACCGCCUUCGUUCUCCCCCUACUAAGUCGACUCGCUCAUCAGCCGGUCAUGGGGUUUGCCCUCGCCGCCAUCGCCACCGCGGAGGCGGAGCUACCGAGCUACCGGCGCAGGAUGCUUCAGGCGGGUAUAAUGCCAAUUCGGAUCCCGGAGGACAUCUUUCGCAUCGUCAAACGUUUCGCUCCAGAGCAGCUGGAGCGUCUCCAGAUGGCAUACGAGGGAUUCCAAGCCGCUCUGGUGCCGCUCAAGGAGCAGCUGCGCUGGACGCAGGAGGUGCCAAAUGAGCACAACGGGUACUCGAUCAGGUGUCGAGGCGGGAAGGCGGGGUAUGCGCCGUGUACUGCUUUCCGCCGGCAUGGGAAGUGGAGACGGCUGAGGGAGGAGGCGGCAGAGAACGUGCUGCACGAGAUCAAGUCAAAGGCGGACGGGGCGUGCGAUCAUGAAGCAAUUCUGGAGGUGGUGGAGCGGCCGGUAGCGUGCGGGAAGUGCGCCAGCCGGCUCACAAAGGCGUUCCUGGUGGCGGUCCAGCGUUGCAUGGCGAGGUGUGGAGAGAUUUAG